CCCGGUAGAGGCGGCGUGGUGACAGCCGCCUGAGCCUCCCCUGCCCAGGUGACGAUUGAUCACCUCUGCCCGGACCAAAGUCGGCGUCAAGCAAGACAGCGGGCAGGUUCCGGAGACCUUACCUGCGGCGCCUCGUAUGACCCUGCCCUCCUGGCCCUCGACCUCCGCCGCCCCAAGGAGAUCCCGCGCCCACCAAGCUGCCUCGAGGAUCACCUAUGGGCCCACCAACACCUGCCUGACGGUGGUGUGGAGGCUGAAGUGUUUGUGUUGACGGUGAGGCGCUGUUGAGGCGGCCUUUGUCUUCCUCGUCGUCUUAUUCCUCCUUCGUCGUCGUCUUCUUCAUCCUCCUUCUCUUCUUCAACGUUCUUGUCCUCUUACUUUUUUUUCUCCUCCUACUCGUCCCUAAGGCGUUUUCUGAUCGUCUCCCUACUUCUCACUCUUCUUCUCUUUCUCUUCCUCUUUCUCGCAUUCUCUCUCCUCCUCUUCCUCCUGCUCAAGAUGGUCGCCGAGGACACCAAGAACACCUCACCUGUUGACAACCCCGCCAGAUUCAUCGAGAAGUAAAGGCCACGAGGACGAGACACCCCCCACCACCACCACCACCACCACCACCACCACCACCACCACCACCACUACCACCACCACCACCUUUCCUUCCCCUUAUCACACCCCACCACAGACAGAACACUACAACACACUGCCUCAUCUGUCCACUUCUAACACAACCACCCACACAUCACCUCUAACACCACCCCCUACUUCUCACCACACCCAAACAAACACCACAAAUACUCACAACACCACAACACUGCAUUGAAUCUCACCAUUACCACCAAUACCACCACCACCACCACCACACUGCGGCCCCACCUCGCCCUUCUCUCUCCCACACUUCCCAUCCGUACCAUGCAGUCCCUGGUUCGCUAUGUGACGCUGUGUGUGUGCUGGGGGUGUGUGGGGGAGAUGACAGGCACACACAUCGCUAACAUGGCCUUCUCAGCACACGGCCAACCAAUACCCAGCACCAACACGCAGAUGUACCAAGCAGUCUUCAGCCAGCCACUACAGACCCAUGACUCGCCUAUACAAAUCCUUCCUGACCGAUCCCCUGUUCCUUCUAAUGGUCAGCCUCUACACAGCCACGAUUCAGUCCUACACACCCUCCCAGAGCCUCGUGUCGUGGCCCUAGAGCAGUCACCUAACCCUGAGACACCCAUGCACAUUCUCCAAGAGCAAAUGCCCCUUCCUGCCCCGUCUCAUGGUCAGCGUUCCUUCCAAGUGUUGAAGAGAAUAGAUAUGCCGGAUUCUGAGCCAGAGUCUGCAGUACUGUCGGAGCCGAGUCGACGAAACCAAGAUCUUGUGACUCUGUUAGAGGCUGAGGGUCUGGAAGGAGAGGAGAAGAUCGUCUUGCAGAACCUGGAGGGAAGACCUAUCAGAAUAGCCCUCGCCAACUACCCGCCCUUUCUGGAGAUCACGGAGACCGGGGGGCGAGACGGCGUGAAGGGGCGUGGCAUGAGCUGGGAUGUUAUGAACGCCCUCGCUAGCUACUUCAACUUCACGCCGGAACCUGUAGCGGCACAUGACGACCUGGUGGGCGUGAAGGGCAAGAAUGGGUGGAAGGGCGCCCUGCAGCUCAUUGCGAACCAGGAGGCGGAGUUCACACUGAUGCCGGUAACGGUGACGGAGGUGCGUAAGGAGGUGGUGGAAUUCUCUCACCUUUUGGGCACCACUUCCUUCGGCAUGCUGGUGAAGCGCCCUGAGUACACCCCGAAGCCUGACGCCCUGCUCAAGCCGUUCAACAAAGAGGUAUGGUUUUGGAUCAUAGGCUCGAUGGCGACAAUGGGUCCUCUCAUCUACUUCAUCAUCGUGUUCCGCGUCAGACUGUGCCGCGGCGACCCGAGACUCACCCGCAUCAUGCCCUUCGACCAAUGCUGCUGGUUCGUGUACGGCGCCAUGAUGAAGCAGGGCAGCGUGCUCAAGCCCAUCUCAGAUUCCUCCCGUAUUCUCUUCGCGACGUGGUGGCUCUUCAUCAUGAUCGUGACCUCCUUCUACACGGCCAACCUCACCGCCUUCCUCACCUUCAACGGCCUCCAGCUCCCCAUCAAAGGAGUGGCCGACCUAGAGAAGUACUCCGAUGUGACCUGGCUGGCCUCACGUGACGGCGCCGUGGUGGACAUCAUCACGAGUCACCCGCAGCUGGAAAUCCUGAGAGAGCUGAAGAAGAAGGGACGAGGGAGGUACAUCGACUCAAGGGAGGAGGCGCUGGCUCUUGUGCGCACUGGAGACUACGUGUACAUCGACGACGUGCAGGUGUUGGAGUACUUGAUCCAGGAGGAUUUCAAGCGGCAGCAGCGGGAGGAGGUGAACCAGACAUGCAACUUCUACACUUCCGAGCUGGAGCGUGGCGGGGAGCUGACCUUCUGGUACGGCUUUGGCUUCAAGAACGGCAGCGAGUACACAGAUCUCUUCAACGGCUUCUUCCGUCGCCUCUCCAUCUUCGGAAUCCUUAACUUCCUACGGAACAGUGCCACGUCCAGCAGUCCUGUUUGCACCCUCCCUAAGGGCUUCAAGGACCGCGCCCUCGAGAACAAGGACCUCUACACCACCUACAUCCUCUACGCUAUCGGUAUCGUCGCCUCCCUCCUCGCUCUCUUCACUGAGGGCUUCUUCAGACGCGCCAUGAGACAGACACACAGCCUCGCCAUGGCCACCAAGAAAACCUUCUCUAGUCGCAUCAACAGCCCUCCCAUGAAAGUCAUGCCCUCGCGCACGGGCCCCACGCAGAACUGGAACUCCGGCCUUCCCCCAUUGCCGGAGAACAGACUCAGGACGCCCUUCGAACUUAAGUACCCGCAGUUCUCCCACCUCAAACCGCAGUACACGCCGCAGAUCACAGCCGCAAAGGAAGUCCCGUAUAGUCAGGCAAGUGGUGUUCCGCGAGUCAUCUCCGGCAAGAUAAAUGACGUGGACGUGAAGUGGGACCAGCGGGAAGGCAAACUGAUGCUGCAAGACGUGAGGCAGCUGGAGGGCAACGUGGCAUACAUUGAUGGGGUGCCCUAUGCCUUCUUGCACUACCGCGAUGACGACGGACCCAAGCUACAGAAGUUAAUCUUAAGCGAUUUGAUAUAGGAGAGGUUGUGUGAAGAGCAGGAGGUUAGUAAAGGUGGUGGUCUGUCUGCCAGUCUGUGGCUCGUGAGGAAUUCAGCAUGUCGAGGGUUAUAAUGUACAAACUUUAGAGCAUUUUUAGAGCAGUGAAAUGCGAUAUACAGCUGAAAACUUCGCUAGUAGGUCGUUAUGGCAACCGUAAUUGUGUACCACUCCGUUGUUUCUCCACUGAGCGAUGGACAAACUUAUCAGCUUCACGACUCGAAAAUUUACAAGAGUGUAGCUACCGGAUGCAAACACUGCUGGAAACAGUCCCUCUUUGAUGUGUCGAGUGUUUCAUCGUCGCUCAGAUUGCUCGAUAUGUUGUGUCAGCAAGACAAGGUUUGACUUAUGGCGUCUUGAAUAAGGAAGGUUUUGCUGUAUGUAAUGUAGUACGCUUAGAAAAGAAGUCAUAUUUUUCUAGUUAGUUGUUAUUGUUAGCGGUGGUGGUGGCGGUGAUGGCGGUGUGCAGGGUUGGCGUUUCCUUUCAUUUGUUCACUCUGCAUUCCAUCGUAUGGGAAUGUUGUAGAAAUAUUCUUAUACAUGCGGAGGUUGUGGAUGUGAUGGCACUGAAGUCCCGUGGUAUUGCGAUGCCAAGGGCAGCGCCAGGGCAGUCAAGGCUGAACACGUAAUAGUUUGUACACUGAAACACGGAAUAAAACAUCUUGUUGAGGGUAUGCAUUAGACAAAGCCGUGCCCUGUACUGCAGAUGAGCUUGCCUUGACUGUCCACCACAGCAGUGACGUGGUGCGGCGACUGGCCUGAGGUGUGUGCGGCGUCGUGGAUGUGUUCGUGCUAGAGUGUUGCUACUUUGUAUUGAUUGGUAAUGGUGAACAGUGAUUCUUGUCUGACUAUACAGGCUAGGACAGCCUCGCCGCUACCUUGCCCAUCCCUGGUUGUGGGGGAAUUCGGGGGUCGAGGGCGGGCGAGGACUGUGUGCAGGGGUGGGGCGGUAGGUGACCUUGGCGACCAUAAGAGCUCUAACAGAUUGAUCAGUAAUGGGAGACCUCGCCAUCACCACCAUCACCAUCGCCAUCACCAACCGUCAUGUAGCGACACCAUCACCACCACGUCACCACUGCGGGCCGGUGAAGUGCCCCGGGACGUGCGGCGCGGCACCCCGGGGGACACCCUUCUCAACGCCACUACGUGUUUAGUCUCUCCAGCGGCCACCGCAAAUAAUGGCAGAAUUUGCUCAAUCCUACACAGGUAGUGGUAGUGUUACUUACUAUAUACGAGUAUCAAUAACAACAAUAAUAAAAAUGAUAAUAAUAAUAAUAACAAAAAUAAUAAUAAUAAUAAUAAUAAUAAUA